AUGUCUCCUAAACACAGGGUAGAUAAAUAUGAUCUUGAGGAGAUACCAAGAUAUAUUGGAGCCUUUCCCAGCACUCAUUUGGUGCAAAAAGAAGAAACUACUCGUAGUGUUCACUUGCUAUAUGAAAAUAUAGCUGCCAGGGGUUAUGUAACAGCUGUGCCGUGGAUUCAAGGAGGUGUCAGUGGUUUUACAGAAAACUCCAAAGGUUGCUAUAUUUCGCCAUUCCAUGAUAUUCCACUCUACGCUGGAGCUGAAGAGGAUAAUGAAGUUUCAGCAAAAAAGUACAAAUCGAGCGAAGAACAGGCCGUGUUUAAUAUGAUUGUGGAAGUAUCUCGCUGGACUAAUGCUAAAAUGGAGAUUGCCACAAAGGAACCACUCAACCCUAUUAAGCAGGAUGUGAAAAAUGGCAAGCUUAGAUAUGUGUGCAAUAUCUUCCCACACAAGGGUUACAUAUGGAAUUAUGGAGCACUUCCACAGACAUGGGAAGACCCCGAUCACACAGAUAACAGUACUCAGUGUUGUGGUGACAAUGACCCCAUCGAUGUAUGUGAAAUUGGAACAAAGGUGUGCUCUUGUGGUGAAGUAAUUCAGGUGAAGGUCCUUGGUACAGUGGCUCUCAUUGAUGAGGGUGAAACAGACUGGAAAAUAAUUGCAAUCAAUGUAGAUGAUCCAGAGGCUGACAGGUUUACCAAUAUAGAUGAUGUCUAUAAGUACAAGCCAGGCUACCUAGAGGCCACAGUUGAUUGGUUCAGAAGGUACAAGAUCCCUGAUGGAAACCUAGAAAACCAGUUUGCAUUCAAUGGAGAAUUCAAAGAUAAGGAUUUUGCACUGAAAAUUAUAAAAUCUACUCAUGAAUACUGGAGGGCACUGAUACACAGGAAAACAGACAGAGGCAGAAUUGAUUGCACAAAUGUGACUGUGAGUGAUAGCCCUUUCUGCUGCUCUGAAAAGGAAGCCAGAUCCCUUGUACAGUUGACGCCAACACUAAGGAAGGCUCUCCCAGUCCCAUCUGAAGUGGACAACUGGCACUUCUUUGGCAGAUAACCAUUGUGGACACAUCAACUUAUCCUGAGAAUAUCCCUCCAUUUCUCAGUUUUUCAAGUCAAAUGACCAGGUGCAAUCCAAGACAUUACUGGCACAAACUUCAAUCUGACACCACUUCAGUUUUAAUAAAAUUGAAGCUACCAGUUUCAGCAUUACUGAACUGUAUUAUUUAACUUUGUUUUUAGAAAAAAAGAAUUUUGGAUAAAAAUAUGCUUUGUUUGAAUGAAUAACUAAAGCAGUGACAAAAUUAUAAUCAAAACAGAGUUUUGCCUUUAAAACAAACCUCCUACUCAUUGUUCUGUCACACAUUUUGUAGUAAUUAAUGAAGCGCAUGAUGCCAGAGGACUUUGUGUUGAUUUUCUUAAUUCACCUUAUUCUUUUUUCACUAAAGCUUCAGGAGAUAAAAUAAAAAAAAAAAUGGCAUACACAAGUGAACCAAAGUAUAAUGUGUAAUAUUUAAAAAUAAACUUGUUGUCAUUGUU